CGCGAAAUGGAUGAAAUCGCUAACUUAGAUGAAAGUGACUGGCAAAAGCUGAAAGAUCAAUACAAAUCUGUAUUGAAAGCAAAAUCUGAAAGAUUAAAUGACAAAAAGAAAAAAGAUCUGAUUCAGCUUGAUGUAUGGUUUCAGGAAGAACUGCCAAAGAACAUACAAGGGCGUAAAGAAAAACAUAUCACACAUGAGGAAUUGUGUAAAUUAAUGAAAUGGAAAUUGACGAGAGGAAAAUUUCGACCACGUCUUGAACAAAUGGUGCAAGAAAACUCUGAAGAAGAUGUAAUGAAAGCAAGCAAGAAAGCCUUUAGUUUAUUACCUAAUGUUUCUGAAGCUAUCAAGGCUUUAUCAGUUUUAAAGGCUAUUGGUCCAGCAACUGCUUCAGCUGUUUUAGCAGCAGGUGCCCCUAAACAUGCAGCAUUCAUGGCAGAUGAGAGUAUGCUAGCUCUGCCAGGACUUAAACCUCUUGCAUAUACACCUGCCUUCUAUACCAAGUAUAUGGACCAAGUGAAGGGCAUUGUUAAACAGUUAAACAAAGAGGCUGCAGUGAAGUGGACCCCACAUGAUGUAGAGAUAGCCUUGUGGACCUAUUAUACUUUGAAAACUUUAGAACCAGACAUGCUGAAAUCUGCUAUUAAAAGAAAAGCCGAUACAGAAGAAAAAAGUCCAGUCAACCCAAGAAGAAGAAAAAAAGAAUCUGACUGAUAGAUAACGUCCAUGUUUUUUUUGGAUUGCUGUGACCAGUAACAGUCAUGCAAAUGAUUAGAUUUGAAGACAGUCAGACACAUGUACUAUAAUUUGUAAUCAAAUUGUUGAAAUUGGCCAGGAGCCUUGUUGUAUUCAUUUAUGUUAGUUAGAAGGCAAAAUCAAUGCUGCAGUGAGGAAUGACCAAGCUUUAUAGUAAGUUAGAAUCACACUGACAGAUAGUCAGAUUUACAAAUAUAUUUCCUUGUUUGUGUUAUAUAUCUAACAUUCAGAUAUAAUGAGAAUUAUUCUCUUAACACUGCUCCAGUUAUAUCAUCUAAUGGAUUUAAAAUCAGCUACAUGUACCGGUAUACAAUCUGUUUCAAUUUUACCGGGUAUAUUUAUUUGCAUGAUAUUGGCAUUUGAAAGCAUAAGAUUUGUCAAAUAAAUCUUGCUCAACUAAUUUGGUGAAUUUAUGUUGGUUUUGCUUUGCAUCAGACAUUAAAGACUUAUAUCUUU